GCGGCGGCCGAGGAGGAGGAGGCGCGGCGCGAGCUCGCGGCGGCGGCGCCGCGCGUCUACCUGGUCGGCCGCACGCCGGACUCGCUCCACGCCGAGUACCUCGGCGCCUACGACCGCGAGCCCGAGCUCGUCAACGGGCGGCUCGCCUACGCGAUGGCGGGCGACGCGGACAAGAUGCUCUGGUUCUCGAGCGUCAACGGCUACUGGCACGCGGGGCCGCGCGCCAACCUCGGCGGGCCGCGCGGCUGGCUCGCGGUGUACGACCGCGCGCCGCUGCCCGAGAGAGUGGCGGCCGAGUGGCAGGUGGUUGCCAAGCUUCUGAUCGUCGCGACCUUUGUCGAGGACGCGCUGCGCGUGCUCUUUACCUUUGGGGUACAGCAGCAGUCGAUGGAGAUCGCCGGGUGGACCUCUCCCGCGCUGCACACGCUGUUGCCGCUGCUGUCGCUCGCCGUGCAGUCGUGCGGCGCGCUGCUCGUGCUGGCGUCUUCGGGCGUGGGCGGAGAGGUGGGCUGCUACCUGCUGCUCGGCUGGUGCGUGUGGCACCCCUUCAUGUACGGCCAGGCCGGCAACCGCGAGUUUGUGCUCGAGACGGCGACCAUCUCCGGCGGGCUGCUGAUCCUGCUGUCGCACCUGCUGCUGCUGCGAACAAAGGCGCCGCUGCUUGGCGGGGUGUCGGCGGCGGCGGCGCAGGAGCAGAAGGACCGGACGGCGACGGCGCACCGCAUCCAGGCGGUUGGCCGCGUCCUUGUCGUCUCCUUCUUCCUCUACGUCGCCGCGACAAAGACACACGCGUG